AUGGGUGCAGCGGACACUAAGCGGAGCGUCCGAGCUCCCUCAUCCCCCCCUUUGCGAACGGGCUCUGGCAGUUCUACCAUACUGAAUGUCUUUGCUAGAAUCGUUGCUUGGUAUCUCCUAUAUACUGUCCUUUUUGUCUGUCCUGAUGUACCAACAAACGAUUCGCCAACAAUCUGUCAUACCUCUCACACCGUUUCAACGACAUUACGGCCACAUCUCGAACCCUAUUAUAACCAAUACCUUGAGCCUUACGUCACUGAAUAUUCUCCGUGGGUUAAGAAAACCAAUGAGAAAUACCUUGUUCCCACCUACGAUAAAGUCACGAAUUCCUACAAACAAUAUGCUGCCCCACACGUCGCUUCUACCCGAAACUUUGUCGCCAACAAGUACGACAGUGCGGUGAAGCCUCGCGUUGGCAAGGUCUCCGCGAAGUCAAAGUUUUAUUACGACGAAUAUCUCUCUGCUCAAGUUUCCAAGGCCAUCAAGUUCUACGGCAUUGCCCAGCCUUUCAUCGAGAGUUCUCGGGCGAAGUUGGAGGGUGCUUACAGGAAUACUGUUGUUCCUGCGUAUGAGAAAGCGCUUCCACACGUGGCAUUAGCCUACGACAAAACAAAACAUGUGGUUCUCACCAGAGUGGCUCCUCUAGUUAGGGAAAAUGGGGAGAAGGCUGUUUAUUGGGGGAUUGGCAUUUGGAGCGACGUUGUUCGUCCACAGGUUGGAAGAAUUGGAGAGCGCCUUGGUGGUACUGGUAACGGAACACCUGCAGUGUCCGUACCCGGUUCCCCCUUCUCUUCCUUGACAAAUCUUGAUGCAGCCAAAGGCGCCGAGGCGUCUUCAUCCCUGAACUCAAUGAUCUUAUGCGCAUCUGAAAAGGCCGCAUCGGCUAGGUCAUCUGCAGCAUCGAGUGCAUCUCAAGCCGAACAAGCAUCUGCAGAUAACAGUAAAAAUCCGUCUCCUGAGGAAGUCCAUAAGUUGGUUGAGGAAGACCUUGCUCGAUACACGCAGAAGUUCAAGGAUUCGGCUGCAAAGGCAUCGAACGAUCUUAAUACGCAGAUUGAUGAAAUAUCGACCAAGGGCAAAGGAAAGAAGGCCUCGUAUGCAGAGAAAGAAAUUGACGCUCUCCAGAAGCUGGUGGAGAAGGAAUUCAACAAGAUUAAGAAGGUGACUCUUAAACUCGUAUCCAGGUUGAACCCGGGGAGCGACGCGGAGGAGAAACAAGCAGCUUUGGAUAGCCUCCUCACUACAACUAAAGAAGCCGGCCUCAAGAUUCGUGAUAAAGCUCAAGAGCAACGGCUUGAAUCCCAAAAGUAUCUUGCAUCAAUUUAUGAUGAUGUUGCAGCUGCUGCCGAUAACCACCUUGAGGCCUUUGACUCGGUUCGGGAUCUGUCCAUGCAAGAACUCGGGAUGAAGUGGGCAUGGAUGGACCACGUUUCGUACAAAGAUUGGAGGCGAUACCAUGCAUUGAAGGAUGAUUUUGAGGGCCUCAAGCGAGAAAUCGUAGCCACUGCCCAAAAAAAUCAAAAACUUAUUGAAGUUACCAGAUGGGUCGAAGGGGAAUGGGAAGGAAUGGCGACUAAUAUUGCAAAAGAUGCUGCUGAAGAGCUGAAGAGAUUGAAGAGGGUUAGCAAAAGGAAAAUUGAGCUGGCUGACUCGUCGGAUGACUUCUCAGAAAUUUCAACUUUGCCGGUUAUUGUAGAAAAGACGGGGCAGCAGGUACUGAAGAAAGUGGAAGAGGUGAAGGGGGCAGUUAUACCAGAGGCGAAGGAGAAGGGGGCCUUGGAGAAAGCUGCCGAUAAAGUCUCGGCUGCUGUCGUUGGCACGGAAAAGCCCGUUGCUGGCGCUGCUAGCGAGAAAAUGGGAAGUGCUGCAGGUGCAGCCUCCGAAAAGAUCUAUGGUACUCAACCGAAUGCUUUUGAAAAAGCAGCUACCGCUAUCGGAAACGCGCUCCCUGGGAAGGAAGAAUCAACCCCAUUGGCCAGUGUCGUAAAAGCGCACGUUCCCGGUGGUGUUUAUGCCGGCUAUGUCGGAGCUUCCAGAGUUGAAUAUGAGUACGAUCCCGAAGAAGAAGAAACCCUCGGUGAAAAAGUAAGUGGCAUCAUCGAUGCUGUCAAUGGUAAGCUCGUCGAUGCCUCCCGCGCUGUUUCCGAAGCCUUAGCAGGCGCAACCACAACUCAGGCUGUUGGAGAGAAAUAUUCGUCUAUUGCUAGCGAAAAGUAUGACUCUGCUCUCAGUGCUGCCUCAGGCGCACUCUAUGGAACUCCACAGCCAGCAGGCGAAUCAAUCGUUAGCAUUGCGACGGACAGGUACUCUGCAGCUGUUGCAGCUGCCAGCAGUGUCAUCUACGGGACUCCAACGCCCAGGAUAGAACUGUUUGCAUCCCAGGCACAGGCAGCCUAUGAAAGAUCACAAACAGUUGCCAAAGAUGAAUAUCGUAAGGCAAUGCGUAAAGCCGCUACAAUGGUUUAUCCUGAGGAUUUGCCGCACAAGGAUUCUGCUGCGUCUGCUGCGAAGGAAGCUUAUAACGAAGCUUUAACAUCUGCCGAAGCUCAGUACUCAAGUUUACUCAAGGAAGCAUCAAAGGUUCACAGCCGCUAUGACAGCGUAGCUAGCGAGGCGCGAGCAAGCUAUGAUUCCGCUCUUAGUGCUGCAAGCACUGCAAUUUAUGGAACACCACAGCCGGCCUCUGAGAGCAUUUUAAGUGUUGCCAAAGAAAAGUAUCAGCAAGCUUUGAACGAGGCUCAAAUUACAUAUGAUAGUUGGUAUAGCGUUGCUUCUACGGCGGUUCUACCUCCCCCCACUCCAACAUUUGAAAUCAUUUCAUCCCGACUCUCUCAAAGUGCCGAGAGCAUAGCCAGUGCCGCUUCUUCAGUGGUAUACGGUACCCCGCAACUUUUCACUGAAUCAGUUGCAUCAGUCGCCGGAGAGUAUGCUUCGGCCGUCACUGAUUCGGCUGAAGAGCGCUUGGAAUCAGUCAAAGCCUUUGUUUCUGAACUCGUUUCGGGGAAAGAACCAGCAUACACUGAGAGUGUAAUGAGUAGAUUCUCAUCCCUCAUGUACGGAACUGAUGCCCCUAUAUUCUCCCGAGCUACGUCUGCCGCUGGCGAAGCCUACGAAUCUGCUUCCAGCAUGGUCUCGGACAACUUUGAAUCCGCAACCAGUGCGGUCGGGAGCAUGAUGACCCCACCCCCCGCGUUAGAAAGUAUCAUUUCCGCAGCAAACGAACAAGUUCAAGCUGCCAUUACUAUGGCAAGUGAACAAGUCUACGGCACCCCUCAAGGCACCGCAGAAAGCGUAACAAGCGUCAUUGGAGAGGCUUAUGGAAGUGCAGCAUCACAAAUAUCAGAGGCCAUCUACGGCCGCCAAACUGGAGCUUUCGAGUCGGCCACUCUAAGGAUGCAGGAAGCCGCCGAAUCAGCACAACGAGCCAUUUCCGAGGCAGUCUACGGAACUUCGAAAGGAACUUUCGAAUCUGCUACCAGCGCCUUUGCUGAGAGCGUCGAUACUGCCACUUCAGUCUUGGGCGAGAAUCUUGCUGCUGCGACGGAAGCCGUCGCUGAAGGUAUUGACGCUGUGGGAUCAUCAAUCGGGGAGAGUUACGAGCAGGCUCAAGCAAGGAUCUCGGCUGCCAUCUACGGCCCGCAACAAGGAGUCAUCGAGAGCGCGCAGAGCAGGAUCUCUGAGGCGGUCGAGAGUGCGAAGAGCUCUUUAUCGGAGGUCGUCUAUGGAACACAGACGGGAUAUGUUGAACAGGCUGCCAGCUCGCUCUCGGAAGCGGUCUAUGGGACACAAACGGGGUACGCCGAACAGGCUGCCAGUUCUGUGUCUUCUGCUGCCAGUGCGGCGACGGAGAAGGUCAAGGAUGCAUACUCAACCAUCAGAGAUGAGCUAUGA